GCCUGUUUGCUAAAAUGCAUUAAUGCCCUAUGCGGAUGCACACAUGUACACAUUCGUAUAUAUAAUAUAGAAACAUAAGAACAAUACUUCACUUCACUUUUAUUUAAGUGGUCCUGGGAGAGUCCUGACCAUUGAAGAACAGCAUGAAAGGGGGCUAACAAAGCAUGCAGAGAAACAGAUGGACUACAGUUGGUAAUUGUGGAACUAGAAAGUGCUUCUAUAUGCCGUGAUAAUUUUUGCAGCAACAUGACAGAUGAUACUGCAAGCCUCGAGACUCGAUCGAGUGGUGAUUUGUGGUCGGAAAUCUGCUCAAAUCUACCACAGGAGCAAGGAGCUGCUGAUGAAAACUUCACUGAUUCAUUCCAGCCUCACUUCUCAGAGAGCAACCAGAAUAACCAGAGUAAUAUUAAUGCCUCCGGUCAGUGGGAACCAAUGGCUGACUCUGCAGUCUACAUUGCCAGUUUAGAAAACCGCCUGAAGAGGAUUAAAGGUCAAUCAAACGAGGUUACAUCAAGGGAAAUGCUGCGCUCGUUGUCCCAGGCCAAAAAAGAGUGCUGGGACAGAUUUAUUCAUGAUGCCCAGACCUCAGAACUAUUUCAAGAAGGAGAUCUAGAUCAGAGUGCUUUGGAGCAUCUAAAGCGGUGGUUAUCUCCAGAGCGUGUAGCAAUCAGUGCAGAAGAGCUGGAGUACCUCCUCCUGCCAUCUCAGAGCAGAGAGAGUGGCUCACACCAUUCAUCCAGCACAGACCAAACAGCAGAAGAGCCGGAUGAGGACGCGAGCUCUAGCCCUGAGAAAUAAAUCACACAUCAUUCACCACUAAUGGACUAUAAUUAGACCAGCAGAUAGUUCCUUAAUUGAGAUUCAGUUUGUUAACUCUUUGUCUUCAGUGAGCUGCUGAAUAUGGUGCUGUUUUGUCUUUAUGGAGGAGGAAACAUGGAUUUUGAGCUUGGUUCUUUAACCUGUAUUUUUAUGAAGGUUUAUUAUGAUUAAUGAAGCAUUUUGAUUUGA